AUGAGCUACGUGAAUAGGGAGUCUUGCUUGGCCGCUGGGAUCGCUCUGGCAGUGCUUGCUUUGUUGGCUGUUUCGGUGAGAAUUGCGUACCGGUUCAAAGCAAACCACAAGCUUAGCCACGUCCGCUUUCUGAAUUACUUAGACGACAUCUUCUGUUUGUUAGCCUUAAUCCCCACCAUUGGGACGGCUGUGGUCUUGGUGUAUGGCGCCCAGGUCAAUGUACUUGGCCAGCACAAUGACGCCUCCAACGUGCAAAAUUGGAUCACAACAACGACUCCCGAUCUGGUGUUGUUGGAAAAGUUUGUCUACAUGGUCUUCGUGAUGCAGCCUCUUGCAAUCGGCUUCAUCAAGCUUUCCUUCCUUUUCUUCUAUCGCCGCAUCUUCUUUGUGUACAAGUCAUUCCAGGUUGUCUCGCUAAUUCUCGUCGCAAUUACUGUUGCGUGGAUCAUGGCCUUUUUCUUCGGCUUUACUUUUGCAUGCGGCAUUAACUUCGCCACAAACUGGGCAUCGCUUUCCGAGAUCGAGCAGAAGUGCGGGUUUGGCUUCAUGGCCACCGUUGUCUAUUCCAUCCUGGACGCAGCCUUGGACUUCAUCAUCUUGAUCCUGCCGUUCCCUUGGAUUUGGCAACUGCAGAUGCCUACUGCCCGCAAGUUCCAAGUCUGCGGUGUGUUUAUGCUUGGUAGCAUUGCCGUCGCUUCAGCACUAGUUCGCAUGGUUAUUUGCAUUCAACAAAGCACGCCUUCGAGUGCUCUUGAAAAGACCACUAUUAUGGGCAUGCCUCCAUAUGACAUAUUGGGAAUCACGAGUGCCGGCAUUUUCUGGACAGUCGUCGAGACUAACGUUGCCCUGAUCGCCUGCUGCCUCCCGAUCUUGCACUCCCUCGUCAAACCAACCGCGUUUGGCGCUGCCGUUAGCCGCGUUCAUGGCUUCUUUUCGUCGAGGAGCUCAACGCGCGCAUCGUCCAAAGAGCUGAACAAGGGCUCUUGUGAUCACCUCCAUUCCAUCGGCCGUCGGGAAGAACAGACACAUACACACAACAAAUCCAGCAGCUUCGGAGAGAAACUAUCGCACUUGAAAAAAGAAACCAACAACGAAAAGCCGCAGGAGCCACUCAAAGCACCCGAGCCGACCACUCCCUACCACACCACCCUCUCGUUCCCCCAAUCGCCCCCAUCAACGAAUCCAUCCAUUCGGACCAGUAUCCCCGCCCGCGAUCGAGCUCCUCACGAGCUCGACUCUACCAACCCCCUACCCGCGCCACCUCGCCGACGGCGAAGAUGA